AGGGGAGGACAGAGAUCGUUUGAACUCUAAGUCUUGUAAUCUAGUUAAACAGAAGCUUGUGCCCACAUUAUCUUUCACAGGUAAUUAUGAGGUGCUGAAUUUUGGUGACUGCCAUGUAAACUUUAAAUACCAAGAAAGUUUUGCAAUGGCCAACCACAGCAGCAGCCAGGCGGUGAGGUUUGAGUGGCCACCUAGUGGACCUCAUAUCAGCUUUUCACCACAGAACCAUUUUACCCUAGAACUGAAGAAGCUUCUCGGAUGAGAGGUGAAACGUCUUCAAGCAACUCAAAGAAGUCCAGACGCUUUUCUUUCCAAGCUCCUUAGAGAAGUAAAAAUGGAAAUUUGCACAGUGAAACAGCUUCAGUUCCUACAGCAGUGACCGUGUCUCAUAAUAUACUGUAUCUCUCCCAAUCGAACACAGUAUGCUGUAUUAGUCAAUCUUUAUUUCUCUUCUUUUCAACUUUUAAUGUCACAACUCCUCUGCUCUUCUUCAUCUUUGUCUCACACUUCUUCCUCAUCUUUUUCUUGAAGCGAUAGUCAUGUAUGAUUUUCUGCUUUGUCCUUGUCUGCAGAUGUGUUUUGAAUAUGUUGCUGAGCAGCUGGAUGCAGUGGAGUCAUUCUGGACUUUUCUGAUUGAGACCCCAUCACUGUCUGUUCCCUUCCAGUGUGUGGUCACUGCUAGAGAACCACUCACCUAUCUCGGCAGACCUCACCUUGACAUUGGGGAACUGCUUGUUGGUUAUUUUGAAUUGUGCUCAUGUGCUUGUGAAGGACAAAAAGUGGAAUAAACCGUCAAUCUUUGAAUGGAGAGGAAGACCCCUUGCAUUUCUCUUGUUUCACUAUGAGCACUUCUGUACAAGUUCAGAAGUCAGGAGGGGGGGCCUCAAAAACAUUGUCCCCAACCACCAAGAAACUCUGGACUUUAAGAAGGUGGGGAUUUCAGAGCAAUCCACCUUUAAUUUUCUGGUGUCCAAGUUUUCAAGAUUCAUUAUAGAAGUGAACUUAGAACUAACAGUUCCCAGAGCACUGCAGCAGCACUUUGUUACAAAACCACAACAAGCUAGCAUUGAAGCUGGGAAGCAGCUGCAGUCAUCGCAAUUUUUUCUCACCAGAGCAUUUGCAACCUCAGUGAGAAGCUAGUGUGGAUUUUUACUGAGGUGAAGCAUGCGCCAACAUUUACCUUUGAUAUAAAAGGCUGUAGUACUGAGUCUUGAAUUCUCCUUUACCAAGUUCAGUUUGGGAAGUACUUCUUGUACUGUCCUGGCAUGGAGCCAGCAGCUCUUGUGUUAAGGAGCACAGGUGAAAAGCACACCAGCCUCCAGUGCCAGUUCAAGAACACUGAUGUCCUUCAGAUGAAUUUCCAGCCAGAUGUUUUGUCGGCUGGUGGUGUAAUGGAGAUGCGUGAGCCACGUCAGUAUCAUGAAACGCUCCUUCACCUUAGACAGCUGUGUCACGAAACAGGUGGACAUACUUGGCCAAGGCAUCGAGAUCAAGCUGGAAGUUGAGGAUCCAAGGCAAAAGAAGGUGAAACUGGGUCCUCUGAAAAUCGGUCAAAAGGGGUAAAAACAGGUGGUUCUGGUACCUUUCGUGCACCCUGAUGCUCAGCACAGAUAAACCAGUUAAUCAAAAGUUAUGCAAACAGACAACACAGACAACGCACACAUAAAUAGCAGGCCACUAAAGCAACACUUAAUUUCACCCUGUCUUCCAGGAUCUAUAUUUCAGUCCAGCAGGUGAACUGCUGCUGAAAUUGAGCAAGGGUUCAUGUACUGUUCAGAUCAAUUUCUCACCUCAUCAGCGCAUUCUUCCCUUCACUGCUGAGCUGAAGUUUGUAGGACUCCUGCACCCCCUGCUGACCAUCCAAGGUUCCUGCCAGGAUGUCAAAGCCCAGCCAGAAGAGAGGUACUUUGGAGCUGUAGUCCAACGCUGCCAUUCAGGAAGAAGAAUGCUAUGAUGAAUACUGGUGACGCUGGUGCCCAGUUUAAGUGGAAAACAGAGGAUUUUCCUGCAGUUAUUCAUCAUGCCAGCUAAUGGAUAUAUCUAUCCAGGAGUGGAGGUUCCCUUUCCAAGCGACUUUUGCCUCUGUGGAGCUGAGUAAUGGCACAAAAUAUGAGAAUCUUAGUUGCCUUGUGGAGGGUUCUUCUUCGCCUGUCACCCUCACUGUCACUGGCUCCUGCAUCAUGGCCUACACUAGCAAAGAGGUGGUGAGCUCUGUGUGUCCAGUUCGUGGCUCCCACACACAGACCCUGUCUGUCCUCAGCCCCACAAUCCAGUGUUGCACCAUCAAACCUGUCAUUGAGGGCAAGCAUUGGAGUUCUCCACUCUUUGUGACCUUCAAGCCGCGCCAGAACUGCAUUCCCAAUAACCUCCCGAUCUAUGACCGUGACUGCUCCUGGAAAAAACACCAGGGAUCUGCCUUUUUUUGCCUUUCCCGAUGGGACAGGUGUGCUGUACACCUUGCAGGGAGCUGCUGAUCCUCCUGUGGCAGGGGACACUCUUGUGCAUGAGCUACCUGCUAAAACUCUCCACACACUGUUGCUCCCUGUGCACAACUGGCUCUCUAGGCAACAAAGGUUCCUUGUGUGUCUAGAGACAGUGAAGCCUGACAAGCCAGAUGCUACAGUGUCCCUCAAGGAAAUCAAGUUUAUUGAUGUCCCUGCCCAUGCUAAGAGGGACUACGAGUGUUUUGUUUUGUUUUGUUUUUUACAUACACAGAGGGCAACAUCUCCAGGAGUCCUGUCCACCAUCAAGCUGGGGACACCUGUUCGUCAGGUGGCCUCGGCCACUAUUCAAGUAGAGAACCCUCUGACCCAGACAGCCUGCCUCACUAAGGAGUGUAAAUGUCUUGGCAUCAUCGUCCAACCUCAGCACAGUGUGCCAGGACAGUCCAAGGUUUUUUUGACUGUUCAUUACAUGCCUCUUCAUCCAGGCGAGUCUACUGCCCGUCUAACUUUGUUCAGCAAUGAGCUGGGCCACUUCCACUACGAUCUGCUUCUCAGAGCUCUGCCCCCACCACCAGAGAAAUCUGUGGACAAUACUUUGCUGGGCAGCAGCCACUCUGUCACUGUAAUGUUUAACAACUACUCACGCUUCAAAACCGAGUACUGCUGCAAGACUGACCGUCCGGCCUUUAUUGUAGACAAGAAUGUCAGCACAUUACCAGGUUUCCCUUCGGGCUCAAAGGCCAGCAUGGAGGUCCGUUUCAAGCCUUAUCAGCUGGGGUAAAUAAGAGGCCAGCUAAGCCUGUCUUCAGUAAUUGGUGGUGAAUACAUCUUUCCCCUACUCAAACCUCAAGGCCCGUUCAGCAUCAAAGCCGGUGGGAACGUCAUUAUCCUCUUCAAGAAUGUGUUCCUGCAGACCACCACUUUCUCUCUUCUGGUUGACAACUCCCAUUUUACUGUCAAUGGAGGGGGCAACAUUCAAUCCAAAGAGACCCCGAAAAUCCUGGUGUCAUUUGAGGUUCCUUCAGACGGCUCUCCAGGACCAUGGUUAGGCAGCUAGAUCAUCUCCAGUCGGCACUCCGAAGGCCACAGGAGGCCAUACUCACGCGUCUAUUAUCUGAAGGGUCUUCAGUUAUCUUAGAGACAUGUGCAGACACAGAGAGAUUGACUAUAGAUGUAAACAUGAAUGCACUUAAGAAAUUAGGCCUUCAUUGCUGGAUGUUCGUAUGUUUCAGUUGCAUGUUUUGUUAUUUUUCUGUAGCCUGUUAGCCAUUUAAUUGCCAAAAUGUUCAAGCCAGAAUGUGUUGUGUAUUUGUGUGAUUUAAAUAAGUGGCUGUCACGAAUCUGUUGGUAAAUAUUUAAUAAUGAACUCAAUACAUCCUGCAUAUAAGA